AUGGUCAUGCUGACCGUGCUCUGCCCCCCAGGGCUGGACAUCCACUUCAUCCACGUGAAGCCCCACCAGCCGCCGUCCGGCUGCACCCCGAAGCCCUUGCUGAUGGUGCACGGCUGGCCCGGCUCCUUCUACGAGUUUUAUAAGAUCAUCCCGCUCCUGACCGACCCCAGGAACCACGGCCUGAGCGAGGAGCACAUUUUUGAAGUCAUCUGCCCUUCCAUUCCUGGCUACGGCUUCUCGGAGGCAUCCUCCAAAAAGGGCUUGAAUUCAGUGGCCACGGCCAGGAUCUUUUAUAAGCUGAUGCUACGGCUGGGCUUCCAGGAAUUCUAUGUUCAGGGCGGGGAUUGGGGGUCCCUGAUCUGCACCAACAUGGCCCAGAUGGUGCCCAGCCACGUGAAAGGCCUGCAUUUGAACAUGGCUUUCGUUUUAAAUCCCGGCACCCUGACCCUUCUCCUGGGACGGCGUUUCCCGAGGUUUUUCGGCUACACCCAGAGGGAUAUAGAGCUGCUGUACCCCUUCAAGGAGAAGGUUUUCUACAGCUUGAUGAGGGAGAGCGGUUAUAUGCACAUCCAGGGCACCAAACCCGACACUGUGGGCUGCGCUCUGAACGACUCUCCCGUGGGCCUGGCUGCCUAUAUCCUGGAGAAGUUUUCCACCUGGACCAACCCUGAGUUCCGAGACCUGGAAGACGGAGGCCUGGAUAGGUGAGACCCUACCUUCCAGCCGCCAGCCAGCAUGUCCCAGCUA